CAGUACUUUUUUUCCUGUUAAGGAUUAGAAAUCCCACACUGUCACCCAAUGCUGAGAGAAAAUGUAAUGUAAUCCAAUAAACACCAAUAAAAACAAAGGUUUAAAGGCAAGUAAGCUUUACAUUGCAAUGAACAGUGAGGCAGAGCAUGCAAGAAUAAAGCCCCUGCUUCUGCUUUUUUUUAUUCAUCUGACCAGCAACAAGCAUCAGUUAAGCUUUAUGGUGCCAGUUUAAAUGAGAUAAAUUACAUUAUAUAAUAAAUAUGUUGCAACUGUCUAUAUGGUGUGGCUGACUAAAUUAUGUCUUGUCACCCUUUCCAGGGUGUAUUUUUGACUCGUGCCUAGUGUUUUGGGUCAAGCUGGACUUUACACAACCCUGACCAGAAAGAAGCAUUUAUUAAAAAUAAAAACAUAUUGGUGAAUCCCUGUUGUGAAUUGUUCACUGCAAUACUUUUACCCAAAUCAUAGACAUAAAUCGAGGGUAUACCUGCUUUAAAAACAGGCCUGGUGUUGAAAUAACUAUUAACCCAAAAUUCAUGUGUACUGUUGUUGACAUCACUGUAUAAAAAUACUUAAUAUUUAGCGGCACGGUGGCUCAGUGGGUAGCGCUGUGACCUCACAGCAAGAAGAUCCUGGGUUUGAUCCCCAGGUGGGGCAGUCCUUUCUGUGAGGAGUUUGCAUGUUCUCCCUGUGUAAGCAUGGGAUUCCUGCGGGAGCUCCGGUUUCUUCUCACAGUCCAAAGACAUGCAGCUUGUGCUGCUGCAGGGAGGCUUAUUCCUCAUGGGCACUAAUGAACCCGGGAUACCACAGGAUGGAGAGGGACCUCAAAGAAGGGUCUGGCUUGAUCCUUUCUACAUUGAAGAGCAUGAAGUUACAAACAUUCAGUUCCAGCAGUUCAUCAAUAAAACCGGCUAUGUUACAGAGGCAGAACGAUUAGGAGACUCGUUUGUGUUUGAGGGAUUGCUCAGUGAAGAGGUCAAGAGUACACUGUCUCAUUCGGUUGCUGCAGCCCCCUGGUGGUCACCUGUAAAAGGUGCAGACUGGAGACACCCAGAGGGCCCAGAUUCUACCAUAGCUGACAGGAUGAAUCAUCCCGUACUGCAUGUCUCGUGGGAUGAUGCUCAGGCCUACUGUCAGUGGGCUCAGCGCAGAUUACCCACUGAGGCAGAGUGGGAGUUUGCCUGCAGAGGCGGACUGCAGGACAGGUUGUACCCCUGGGGGAAUAAACUGAUACCCAAAGGACAGCACUUUGCUAACCUGUGGCAGGGUGAUUUCCCAAAUCACAACACAGGGGAAGAUGGAUACCGUCGCUCAUCACCGGCAAAAUCAUUUCCUGCUAAUGGGUUUGGGCUGUACGACAUGGUGGGCAAUGCAUGGGAAUGGACAGCAGACUGGUGGAGUACUUACCAUACAAACGACCAACAACAUAAUCCGAAAGGACCAGAAAGUGGAACAGACAAGGUUAAGAAAGGAGGUUCCUAUAUGUGUCACAAGUCAUACUGCUACAGAUACAGAUGUGCUGCUCGUAGCCAGAAUACUCCUGACAGUUCAGCUUCUAACCUGGGCUUCCGCUGUGCAGCUGAUCCAAAAUCAUGAUCUCUGAUUUUACACAUAACCCAACUUAUGUUUUUUACUCUUUUGUCUAACUUGUAUUUUUAUCUAAAUAAACUAUAAAAAUGUGCUAA